CCGCGGACUGGGCAUGCUCGGCAGCCCGGGAGGCUCGCGGCGGCUGGUCGGAGGCUUUCGCACCAGCGAGGCAGCGGCGGCCGGAGACAGGCAGGACGGGCGCGGGGAGGGCAGGCCCAGGCAUCUGCUCUGCCCUCGGGCCUGGCAAGUCAGCCGGAGAGCGCGAUCGGGCGCGGAACCUCGACGCGGCACUGCCCCGGAUUUCGUUCCGUGGCGCGGGGCUUAGCGAGCUGAAUUCCGGCGGCUGCCGCGACUCCGGCGCUAGGUGAAGGCAGCAUGAGUGAUCCCUGAAUGUGCCCUUGGGCAUACUUAGCAAUUCAUUUUUGAUUAGGAGAAAGAAGACAGCCAUUCAUUUGAAAAAUUCAACAGUGAAGCCAUCAGGACCUGGGCUUUUCCUUUUUGUUUUUAGUGGACAUGUCUGAAGAGAAGCAUGUGUUAAGUGGCUAAGAGCCUAAGACUCUGGAAUUGGACAUCCUGGAGUCGAAUCCCAGAUCUGCUAAUUACAAGACAAAGCUUCAGUGCCUGGGGGAGUUGUGGACUUUCUGAAUUUCAAGAACAGUGAAGUUGGAGUACAGUAGAAGGUGUAUAAAAGACUACACAGAUUGAAAGGAAGACUGAUGAAGAAAAACAACAUGAUGCAGGAACACCAUUGAAUCCUUGGGAAUGUACAAAAGUGUCUGAUUGAGAAACGUAUGAAAUACAAGACAAGAGGCUACAUCAGGAAGUGUGCAUGGAAAUUACUGCCAAGGAACCUGCCCAUAGAUGUGAACAGUAGCUGCCAGAGGUAAUGGGAAUGUACUUGUAGAAUGGCAGAAGCUGGUAGCUUAUAGAAAGCCAAGAUGAGAAGAAUUUUUUUGUGUAAUCUAAAUUUACUUUUAAGAAAAAGUGAAUUGUCUCCAGAGAGAAACAAAAGAAGUCCUGGGCAGCUUAAAGUUCAUCUUGGCUUGAUUAAAACCUUGGAAGUAAAAUAGAGGAAAGAACAGAAAUUGGAUCAGAAGGAAGAAUCCAAUUCAAAAAUGAGGUGAAUUAAUGCUUGGGCACUCAGAACCAUAGACAGCUACAUGAAGUUGUAAAAAACUGCCCUGACCAUCUUUCCAAAGGAGUCCUCACUCAUGAGGCCCAACAAGAUAAACCAGCCAAAGAGGGACAAUGUCCUGCCCUGUAGGAACAGUGACUGCUGACCUCCCAGAGCAAGCUGGUGACUGCAUUGUGGUCUGCUAGUACAAUGAAGGAAGUGGUUUAUUGGUCACCCAAGAAGGUGGCAGACUGGCUCCUGGAGAAUGCUAUGCCAGAAUACUGUGAACCUCUGGAACAUUUCACAGGCCAAGACUUAAUCACCCUAACCCAAGAGGAUUUCACAAAACCCCCCUUGUGCCGAGUCUCCUCAGACAACGGGCAGCGGCUCUUGGACAUGAUAGAGACCCUGAAAAUGGAGCACCACAUGGAAGUACACAAGAAUGGCCACGCCAAUGGGCACCUCAUUGGCGUAGACCUCUCCACCCCUGAUGGCAGCUUCAACGUCAAGACAAAACCCAAUGGGAUACCAAAUGGGUAUAGGAAAGAGAUGAUACAGAUCCCCAUGCCAGAACUGGAACGCUCCCAGUACCCCAUGGAGUGGGGCAAGACUUUUCUGGCCUUUCUUUAUGCACUUUCCUGUUUUGUCCUCACCACAGUGAUGAUCUCGGUCGUCCAUGAACGAGUACCUCCUAAGGAGGUGCAGCCUCCACUACCAGACACAUUUUUUGACCAUUUUAACCGGGUGCAGUGGGCCUUUUCUAUUUGUGAAAUUAAUGGCAUGAUCCUUGUAGGACUUUGGUUAAUUCAGUGGCUGCUCUUAAAAUACAAGUCUAUUAUUAGCAGAAGAUUUUUCUGCAUAGUUGGCACGCUGUACCUGUAUCGGUGUAUUACAAUGUAUGUAACUACACUCCCAGUACCUGGUAUGCAUUUCAACUGUUCUCCGAAGCUUUUUGGUGACUGGGAAGCCCAAGUGCGAAGAAUAAUGAAGCUAAUUGCUGGAGGUGGUUUGUCUAUCACUGGUUCUCACAACAUGUGUGGGGACUAUCUGUACAGCGGGCACACGGUCAUGCUAACACUCACCUACUUAUUUAUCAAAGAGUAUUCCCCUCGACGACUCUGGUGGUACCACUGGAUUUGCUGGCUUCUCAGUGUCGUUGGAAUCUUCUGUAUUCUCUUAGCGCAUGACCACUACACUGUGGACGUGGUGGUGGCAUAUUACAUCACCACAAGACUCUUCUGGUGGUAUCACACUAUGGCCAAUCAGCAAGUGCUAAAGGAAGCUUCCCAGAUGAACCUCCUGGCCAGGGUGUGGUGGUACAGGCCAUUUCAGUACUUUGAAAAGAACGUUCAGGGAAUUGUACCUCGAUCUUACCAUUGGCCUUUUCCCUGGCCAGUAGUCCACCUUGGUAAGCAAGUUAAAUACAGCCGGUUGGUGAACGACACAUAACAGCUACACAAAGUUGGGGAAUGAGGAACUGUCCGAAGUGCUAAGAACUCCAUGAGAGAAGAUGCCAUAAAAUAAACACCUCCCUAAUUCUAUUAUCUUUCAACAGUUACCUUGACUUAACCUGUUGAGUUACCUGGUCAGCACUGUGAUCUUUUUUUCUCUCCAAAGGACCUGCGUUGGACAACAAUAAAGAAAAUUUAACGUAUCGUGCACUGUACACAUUUUCUGUUCAUAAAUUUGGGAUUUACAUGACCCACGACCACCAUGUUCCUUUGUAUAUGAAACAGCAGUAUAAAUGUAAGCUUUUAUAUCAUAAGUUCUGGUCUUUCCAGUCACAUCUGGAAAUAAAGCGUAUUAUUUUCUUGGGAAAACAUACUUUUCAUAUCUCUUGCCCCAAAUAUUGGGCUGUAAGCCAUUUUCUAGCAAAUGUCUCUAUGAAGGUUUCUAAGUACCUGAAUGGGGUUCAAUUCUGAAAUCUUCCUACCUGUUGCACCAAUGUUCAAAUCAAAAUGACAGACACAGAGAAGUUUGGUAACUUUGGAUUUCGUAAAAUCAACAGAGACAGUGUGUCAAAAAGUGCAAAAAAAAAAAAAAAAGAUUCUGUUAUAAAGUGAUUUUCUAAGUGUUUCCUAACUUUAUUUUUCAAAAUGAUGUUAUGAAAACCAAAUUUAAAGAUUUUUACAUGUCAGAGAGAAGAGAGUUAAAAUGUAAAAUGCUUCUUGGGAGAGAAAUGUGUCUAUGUUUCUAGUGCCUUUCUUGUCUUGAUUGUAUGGUUCGUAGGCAAUCUUAAAUGUUUUUAUUUAAAAUAAAGUAUUCCAUAAAAAUAUAAACCUAUGUAUACACUACAAAAUUUUGCAUUUAUAGCUAAAUUAAAUCAGAAGACUGCUUAUGGUUUUAAAAUUGCUUUGAAUUAAAGAAUGGGGAUGUUUAUUACAGUCAGAGCUUGUUCACAUAUUGUGAGCAGGUAGCAGUGACACCACUUAAAUUAUUUUAUCAUCUAUUUGGUAGUUUAAUUUUAACUACUCUAUGAAAACAGCCAUGAAUAUCUUUUUUUAAAGAGAGUUUUGAAAAUGAUCACUUAUCUAAAACUUGAAAGCUACAAAUUAGUUGUCCAUACUCUCAUGACAAUUUUGUUGGUCAACAACAAAAGAGAUUUAUUUCUUUAAAAUAUAUUUGUGCAGAAACUGCAUGUAACUCUUAAGUUUUACUCCUAACAUAUAUAUGUUUGGGGAAGUAUUCUAUUCUAUACUUGCCAAUGUGGAGAACAAAAUAGUUUUUUAAGAAUGAAGAAGUAUAUAUAUCCAUUCUGUAUUUUACGUGCAGCAGAAUUAUCUACUGUAGGGUUUUUUGUGUAUUCACAAAGUGAUAUUUGUAUUGUAAAACAAUAAUGGUGAAGGAAAUAAAAAGGCUUUUAAAAUUUUGUUUGUUUUAAAUCUUUGUAAAGUUAUUAUUCCAGAGAGUAUACUUAUACCUUACAGCUUACCUAGAUCAUAAAUUAAUCAAAAUGCACUUUUUAAUAAAAAUUGAUACUUCAAAUAAA